AUGUCUCCUCAGCAGCAGCAGAAGCGCAGCCCCAUCACACCCACACGGCUUAUGAUCACUUCUCCUACUCAUAGUGCUAAUUUAACCUCAAUCACUCCCACCCGGCUCAUGAUGAAUUCUCCAUGUGAUUUUGGUGUUCAGUCUCCAAAUCCCAUGCAGCAGCAGCAGCUUCGAGGUUUUAGCAUGUGGCCACACACAGCUAAUAGGUCAACAAUCAGUCCACAGCCAGUGGCUUUAGGGGAACUUGAAUUUAGAAAAGCUUUUAUCAUUUUGAGCUACAUUGGAGGAAGGAGUGUAGAGCAAUUUCUAUCUGCUGAUCAAAUUCGAGGGUUUAAGGAUCCGACAAUGGGAGUAUUUGAGCAAGAAAUUUGGGAAGCCUUUGGGUUUGAAUGUGGUUACAUAAAGCAAAAAGACCUUAUCGAGAAAAGAACUACUUAUCCUUGUUCUCAACAAAGAAACACUAAACCCAGUAUGAGUUUAUUUCAGGGACCUAAUCUAACCACGAAGCAGAACUUUCUUCAAAGGACGUUAGGAGAUGAUAAUAUCUUACUGGUUACGUUUGAAGAGGAGGUUACUGAUGAAAGAGCUCCGGCGACGAAUUCUGGUGAUCAUUAUUCUCUCAAGUACAGAACGAUUCUUAAAGAAGGGAUUCUUGUUGGUCUGCGUCAUGCAUCAAUUAACGAACAAGAUUAUGUUUUGUGUGGGAAGACAGUUCGUCAAGCUAGAGCUCUCUUUAUGCAUGUAGACAAUUUGUCUAGUUUGUCCAAAUAUAUGGCUCGGUUUUCACUCAUUUUGUCAAAGACUUUGAAUGUAGAAGUUGAUUUAUCUUCUGUAGUCAUUGAGACAAUAUCCAAUGUAGAAUGCCAGGAUGAAGAUGGUAAUGUUGUUUAUGAUAAAGAUGGGAAAGCUCGUAUACAUAAAGAUGGAACUGGGUUCAUCUCGUUGGAUUUGGCUUUGAAAUGCCCAAAAAAUGUGUUCAAAGGCAACUGUAAAAAUGCUUCAAUUGUCGAGAGAUUGUUCAACGAGAGAGAUCUGGAAUCUCGUCAGGGGGAACCGCCCUUGCUGAUCCAGUUUCGCCUAUUUGAACACGGCAGAGCUGUUAAAGGAACUUUCCUUGUGAACAAGAAGCCAAAGAAAGCCCAUCUCUCAAAGAAUUUAAUCGCACUUCUUAGCUAUGGCGGGGUUCCAGCAGAGUUUUUGAUGGGAUUAUUGGAUGAUGCUUUGGGCAAUUCAUACCGCGUCCUCUCGGAUCCACUUGCAGCUCUGCGAGUUGCACUUAACUACGGGGAGAUGGAUAAUAACUUAGUCACAGAAAUUAUUUUAACUGGGAUUCCCCUAGAAGAAUCCUAUUUGCAACAUCGUCUGUCUUCAUGGAUGAAGGAAGAAACGAAAAGCCUGAAAGGGUUUAAGAUACCUGUUCCUGAAUCAUAUUAUUUGAUGGGGACAGUUGAUCCCACUGGACUCUUGAAGAGAGAUGAAGUUUGCGUAAUCCUGGAUAAUGGGCAUGUUUCAGGAGAGGUGCUAGUGUACCGAAAUCCAGGUUCACAUUUUGGAGAUAUACAUGUUCUAAAGGCUACAUAUGUAAAACCACUGUUAGAUUUUGUUGGAUAUGCCAAGUUUGCUAUAUUCUUUCCAUGCAAAGGACCACGGUCUUUGGCAGAUGAAAUGGCAGAAGGGGACUUUGACGGAGACAUGUUUUUUGUGUCAAUAAAUCGUCAGGUUGUUUGA